GCACGCAGGGCAGCGGAAGACCUCCACAGGGAGGCCGAACAAAAGCGUAUCAAGGCCGAACAAGAGGCAUCUGAUUACGCUAAACAGGCAGAAAAGGCACAGAAGGCCAGAGACGAUGCAGUUUCUGCUGCGGAGAAGGCUCGAACAGCAAUGGAGGAAGCGGAGGCUCGAGCAAAGUCAGAACACCGGGCCCGGGAUGAGGCAGAGGUGGAGAGGAAGAAUGCACGGGAGAAAACAGAGAAGGAGCUCGCUAGGGCUCACAGGCGGGAAGCCCAGCUAGCUGACCUGCAGCCUGUACACGAGCCUACACGUGCAGAGCAUGAGCAGACCAAGAACGAUCGGCAGUACAUCGAGGGACGACUGCAUCUUGCUAUUGCUGGCAUGGCAGGGAGCGGGAAAUCCUCGUUGAUAAAUGCCUUCCGCGGCGUGAGUAAGGGCACCGCUAGUGCUGCUGCCACAGGCGUCGUCGAAACCACUCGUACCAUUGGUCGAUAUGAGGAUCCUCAUCCUGACCGCUCGAAAUUCGUCUGGUACGAUAUUCCUGGAGCGGGUACCGCCAACGUCAGUCAUACCAAUUACUUUAUCAAGCAAGGGCUAUACAUAUUCGAUGCCAUCAUUGUCCUCUUCGACUCUCGCUUUGUUGACGCGGAUAUCACAAUUCUGGAGAACUGCAAGAAGUUCAAUAUCCCUGCCUUCAUUGUUCGGAGCAAAUCGGACGAGCAUAUCAAGGCCAUAGCGGAUGAGAUGAGGGAAGAACUGGAUGAGGAUGAGAGUGAGGAUGAGGAUGAUAUUCGGUCGAAGGAUCGGGAGACCCGUCGAACGCGUAUCGAUGCUGAUGCCAAGGAGGAAUAUAUUUCUGUCACUCGACAGAAUGUUAGAGAGAACUUGCAGAGGGCCGGGCUAGACGACGAACAGAGGAUCUAUCUAAUCUCGAGGCGGACGUUAUUGAGGAUUGUCCGGGGGAAGCAGGUUGCACAGACGAAGCUGAUCGAUGAAUAUGAACUCAUCAAGGAUGUUAUGGCU